AUGCAGACGCUGGGGUUCCUUCUAUGCCUGAUGGCAGCUCCCCUUGGUGUCUUGUCUGAACUGACAUUGAGGGAGUCGGGCCCAGGACUGGUGAAGCCCUCGCAGACACUGCCCCUCACCUGCACCGUCUCUGGGGGCUCUGUCACCAGCAGUUACUUCUGGAAUUGGAUCUGCCAGCGUCCUGGGAAAGCGCUGGAGUGGAUGGGGUACUGGAGCGGGGGCACGUACUACAACUCGGGUUUCCAGGGCCGCAUUUCCAUCACCGCCGACACAUCCAACAACCAGUUCUCCCUGCAGCUGAGCUCUGUGACCGCCGACGACACAGCCAUGUAUUACUGUGCAAGAGACACAGUGAGGGGAAGUCAGCGUGUCCUGUGUGAAAUCCAGCUGGUGGAGUCGGGGGGAGACAUGAGACAGCCUGGGGGUUCUCUGAGCCUCUCCUGCAAAGCCUCUGGAUUCACCUUCACUAACUACAGCAUGCAAUGGGUCCGCCAGGCUCCAGGGCAGGGGCUGGAGUGGGUGGCACGAGUGAGUCAGCCAAGUGGAAGUAAACAGUGGUACUCUCCAUCAGUACAAGGAAGGUUCACAAUAUCCAGGGACAACCCUACAAGCACAGUAUCUCUUAAAAUGACCAACCUGAAAGUCGAGGACACGGCUGUGUAUUAUUGUACAAGUAAUGGCUACAGUUUCUGUGGCUUAGAACAUUUUAGCUCUGCUCCCUCGAUACUAUAUGUGCCAACAACCAGGGAGCACCCCUUUUCCUUCCAUUUCCCUCCCAGCCAUGUUCCGGUGAUGUGA